CAUGACUACUCGGCCAAACGAAUACCAGCGCGUUGCGUCGCAUGGGCGCGGAGGUGCUGGCAACAUCGCAAAAGACGACCCUACCAAUUACCCAAAGCCUGAGGACCUCGUCACCCCAACGCUCAAGUCGGACAAAUACACCACCGGCCGAGGUGGCACUGGCAACAUGGCGAAGAACGAUCCCCAGCACCCUGAACUUGCACGCGCUGCUCAGGACGUCGAAAGUAAACCUCAUCCAGAGCCCCAAGGUCCCAAACACUACGGUCGUGGAGGUGCCGCAAACAUUAUCGGCGACGCACAACCUGCGCAACGAAAGAGUGCCGAGGCUAAGCGCAAGAGCGAGGACUCUAAGCGCGAGGAUAACGGAAAGGGCCUGCUCGGCAAGGGCAAAGACUUGUUGAACAAGCUGGGCAAGAAAUAGGCCUGAUCAGACUCAUGGUCGGCGAAUGAUGCUACAUUGUGGAACAUGGUUCACACGAGCUGCCCUGGAGCCGCUGACGGGGCUUUCGGUUUCUUUAUAUGGUUCAUGAUAUCCCAGGAGGUGUAAAGCUUUCUAGUAGGCAGAGGAGUUGGUGGUAUAUCUUAUUAUAACGCGGGAAAAUGUCCGACUGGCACAUGUUAGUCAAUCGCUUCAUUGUCUUCUUGAUGGCUAUGCCUGACAGGCCGUUUCUUCGAUGUGUAAGGCUCCUGUACUGAUCUUCUUAGAAAGGCGCUCUUACCCGUGAUAUCAUAGGAUGCCAGUUGGGCUUCCAUUCAAGCUAAACAUGCUGCUGGAACUUC